AUGGAUCCCGAUCGCUCGCAGGUCACUCGGCCGGAAACAGUAUUCUUUCCCAACAUAGCAGACGCUGCCGGGAAUGACGGCAUGUCCAUCGUAUCGUCUGUGGAUCGUAGCACAGAAGCGACCGCCCCGAUCACUGUCUCCAAAUCCAAGCCAAUGGUAAAACCUUUGAACAAGCCCUUGAAGUCAUUGAAGCCAUUGGAGCCAUUGAGGAGGAAGCGAAAGCGGGCUUCAGAAGUACCAACAUCCAAUCUUGAGCCACUAAUUGGAGAUCCGUGGGCAGUAUAUGUCAAAGGCAUUGAGAACUUUCCCCGAAAGGGGAUGUUACUGGCCCAGAAUAGAGAAGACAAGAUGGAGUUGGUUCACAUCCAACCGCUCAAAGCGGAGCCAGCCUCGAUACGGUCUUUGGUGAAGAUCGUCAACGACCUCUCUUACCGCAGUUUCCCACAGUUCCUGCGCCAUUACCAACAUGAAGAUCACACGUUCUUGGUGUGGGAAUCGGUGGAAUGCUCUUUUUCCCAGGUCCUGGGAUCCAAGUACGUCCUUAACGAGACUGAAAUAGCCUCGAUUGUAUGGCCGAUUCUCACUGGGAUCAGGUAUCUCCGCGAUUGCGAUAGAGCACUUGCCACACUCACCAACGACGAAGUUUUGUUUACGGGAUCUGGUGGAGUCAGGAUCGCUGGUGUGGAACGUAGUUGUCAGAUCGACCCCGAGGAUAUGAAUGCAGCUACGCUGAAGCUGACUGCCUUGUCGGAGAUGGUCAAAAGAUUGAUGAAAAAGAACGAGAAAUUUCAUCCUGGCUUUGCAUGGAGCGCAGAGGCCCUAGAUCUACCACACAGGCUGAAUACGGUUGGGUUAAAUGAAUUGAUGUUGGACGGAUUUUUUGCUACUUUGAAAGGCGAGGCAGAUCUAAAGCUCAUGGUGAAUAUUGUAAGCAAGACAUCGCAUUACGAUAUCACCUUUCCGACGCGUAUUUGA